AUGGACCAGAUCACCUUCCAUUAUGACACGGUGCUGUCUGACAUUCACCUGUUGCUGCCCAACUCUCGCCACCUCAUGGCAUGCCUUAACCGCGUAGGACAACCAGGUACUGGCGUGCGUGUGUGUGUGUGUGUGUGUGUGUGUGUGUGAAAUGACACAAAAUUAAAUUAUGUAAAUAUUGUAAUUUAGUUUCAAUGUAGGCCUCUCCUGAAUGUCAAUGGAACUGUCCCAACCCUCUAUGGCUGCGUUUACACAGGCAGCCCAAUUGGUCUUUUGACCAAUCACAUCAGAUCUAUUCACAUCAGAUCUGUUUCAGAGCUGAUCUGAUUGUCAAAAUAGCAAUUAGUUAAAAAAAUAUUAGAAUUGGGGUGCCUGUCUAAACGCAGCCUGUGUGUCUAGUGUUCAUCUCCCGGUUCAGAAUCCUGUGGGACGGAGCGAAGCAGGACACCUGUGACCUCGGUUCCCCCUGCGGAGGGGAAGAGUUAGACCGCGACACCCAGGAGGAGAAGGGAAGGGGAGAUGCUAGGGGGAGUGAGACAGGGGCUGACGGAAGGGAGGACGGAGGGGCUGACGGAGGGGAGGACGGAGGGGCUGACGGAGGGGAGGACGGAGGGGCUGACGGAGGGGAGGACGGAGGGGCUGACGGAGUGGAGGAUGGAGGGGCUGACGGAGGGGAGGACGGAGGGGAGGACGGAGGGGUAGAACCACCCCUGGAUGAAGAUGGAGAUCUAGAGGUAACACGCAGGUCAGUAAUAUUAUGUCUCACCUCCACAUCAGUCACCACAGUUAUUACAGUCAAACCUUCACUAUGUUUUUUAUCGCCUUCAUUUUAUUGUUUUACUAUAAAUGUUUUAAGGCCAGUGGAUCAAUAGAAUAGUAGGAUACACAAGGUGCAAUUUCGACAUGUGGUUGUGCACCAACCGUUUUUCUCUUAUGUCAGUCACUGACAGUCACUCAAUUAGCUUUCUCUCAGCAUUUUUUUUUUUUUGAUUGGUAAGUUAGUCUAGCCGCCAGCUAUUUAAACUUGUAGUAAUCAUGGUUGAAUUACCGACCGGGGGGCCCCCAUUGAUUUUGUUAGUCACUCUCACACAGAUAUCAUAUUAAGAACAACAAACAUUUCUCUCCACCCUAUGGCAGAAUGUGUAGAAUUGCAGGAAAUUAGUGAUAAAAUAAAAAUAGCAAAAUCUUCUCUCCGCUGCUUUUUUUGUGGCCCCACCCCCAUCAAAGUUUCCCAUCCCUGUUCCAGACUAACCGAAUAUUGUACAUGUCAUCCCUGCCCAGACAGAGCCUUCCUGAGAGAGACAUGACUAACUGGAUAUUGUACAUGUCAUCCCUGCUCAGACAGAGCCUCCCUGAGAGAGACAUGACUAACUGACUAUUGUACAUGUCAUCUCUGCUCAGACAGAGCCUCCCUGAGAGAGACAUGACUAAAUGACUAUUGUACAUGUCAUCCCUGCUCAGACAGAGCCUCCCUGAGAGAGACAUGACUAAAUGACUAUUGUACAUGUCAUCCCUGCUCAGACAGAGCCUCCCUGAGAGAGACAUGACUAAAUGACUAUUGUACAUGUCAUCCCUGCUCAGACAGAGCCUCCCUGAGAGAGACAUGACUAAAUGACUAUUGUACAUGUCAUCCCUGCCCAGACAGAGCCUCCCUGAGAGAGACAGACAUGACUAACUGACUAUUGUACAUGUCAUCCCUGCCCAGACAGAGCCUCCCUGAGAGAGACAGAGACAUGAAUAACUGACUAUUGUACAUGUCAUUCCUGCUCAGACAGAGCCUCCCUGAGAGAGACAUGACUAAAUGACUAUUGUACAUGUCAUCCCUGCCCAGACAGAGCCUCCCUGAGAGAGACAGACAUGACUAACUGACUAUUGUACAUGUCAUCCCUGCCCAGACAGAGCCUCCCUGAGAGAGACAGAGACAUGACUAACUGACUAUUGUACAUGUCAUUCCUGCUCAGACAGAGCCUCCCUGAGAGAGACAGAGACAUGACUAACUGACUAUUGUACAUGUCAUUCCUGCUCAGACAGAGCCUCCCUGAGAGAGACAUGACUAAAUGACUAUUGUACAUGUCAUCCCUGCUCAGACAGAGCCUCCCUGAGAGAGACAUGACUAAAUGACUAUUGUACAUGUCAUCCCUGCCCAGACAGAGCCUCCCUGAGAGAGACAGACAUGACUAACUGACUAUUGUACAUGUCAUCCCUGCCCAGACAGAGCCUCCCUGAGAGAGACAGAGACAUGACUAACUGACUAUUGUACAUGUCAUUCCUGCUCAGACAGAGCCUCCCUGAGAGAGACAGAGACAUGACUAACUGACUAUUGUACAUGUCAUUCCUGCUCAGACAGAGCCUCCCUGAGAGAGACAUGACUAACUGACUAUUGUACAUGUCAUCCCUGUCCAGACAGAGCCUCCCUAGGAGGGACAGAGACCGAGACAUGGUCUACCCCAUCAUCCUCAGCCAGGCAAGAAGAGAGGAAGAGGAGGAGGAGGAAGCGGAGGAGGAGUGUCCUAGAGACGUCAUCAGGAUAGGUGAGAAGAGAACAAGACUGGUUUCUACCUCUGACUGACCCUGGUCACUACUUUUCUUUUUAGUCCAGUGUAAUUUCUGAAGAGCUGAGUGAAGACAGUUCUGAGAGGCAGAAGUAUGUGUUGUAACUGUGUUUAUGUGAGUUAUCACUGUGUUUAUGUGUGUGUUAUAACUGUUUGUGAGUUAUUACUGUUUGUGUGAGUUAACGCUUUGUGUGAGUUAUAACUGUUUGUGUUAUAAUUGUGUUUAUGUGUGUGUUAUAACUGUGUUUAUGUGUGUUAUAACUGUUGGUGUGUGUGUUAUAACUGUUGGUGUGUGUGUUAUAACUGUUGGUGUGUGAGUUAUAACUGUAUUUGUGUGUGUGUGUGUGUGUGUGUGUGUUAUAACUGUUGGUGUGUGUGUUAUAACUGUUGGUGUGUGAGUUAUAACUGUUGGUGUGUGAGUUAUAACUGUGUUUGUUUGUGUGUGUGUGUGUUAUAACUGUUGGUGUGUGUGUGUUAUAACUGUUGGUGUGUGAGUUAUAACUGUGUUUGUUUGUGUGUGUGUUAUAACUGUUGGUGUGUGAGUUAUAACUGUGUUUAUGUUUGUGUUAUAACUGUUUAAAUCCUACAUGUCUCUAACAGAACACACUAUGGCCACGCCUUUAGAAGAUGUUGGUAAACAGGUGAGUCACUCUUCCACUCUCCCUCUCCCUCUCUCUGUGUCUGUCUGUCUGUCUGUCUGUCUGUCUGUCUGUCUGUCUGUCUGUCUGUCUGUCUGUCUGUCUGUCUGUCUGUCUGUCUGUCUGUCUCUCUCUCUCUCUCUGUCUCUCUCUCUCUCUCUCUCUCUCUCUCUCUCUCUCUCUCUCUCUCUCUCUCUCUCUCUCUCUCUCUCUCUCUCUCUCUCUCUCUAACUUAUUUUUCCUUCCUCUGAUAUAUAAUGUACUGUGCCUUCAGAAAGUAUUCAUACCCCUUGACUUAUUCCACAUUUUGUUGUGUUACAGCCUGAAUUCAAAAUGGAUUAAAUUGAUGUAGUUUCUCACCCAUCUAGACACAAUACCCCAUAAUGUAAAAGUGAAAACAUGUUUUUAGAAAUGUUAGCAAAAAGUACAGAAAUAUUUCAAUUACAUUUGUAUUCACACCUAGAUGUGCAACAUUUGCUCAUUAUUAUUUUCAAAUUUCUAUAAUCUCUGUCAAAUUGAUUGUUGAUCAUUGCUAGACAACCAUUUUCAGGUCUUGCCAUAUAUUUUCAAGUCAAAACUGUAACUCGGCUACUCCAGAACAUUCACUGUCUUUUUGGUAAACAUCCCUAGUGUAGAUUUUGCCUUGUGUUUUAGGUUAUUGGCCUGCUGAAAGGUGUAUUCAUCUCCCAGUGUCUGGUGGAAAGCAGGUUUUACUCAAGGAUUUUGCUUGUGCUUAGCACCAUUUUGUUUCUUUUCUAUCCUGAAAAGCUCCCCAGUCCUUAAUGAUUACAAGCAUACCCAUAACAUGAUGCAGCCACCACUAUGCUUGAAAAUAUGGAGAGUGUUACUCAGCAAUGUGUUGUAUUGGAUUUGCCCCAAACAUAACACUUUGUAUUCAGGACAAAAAGGGAAUUGCUUUGUCACAUUUUUUGCAGUAUUACUUUAGUGGCUUGUUGCAAACAGGAUGCAUGUUUUGGAAUAUUUUUGUUAUGUACAGGCUUCCUUCUUUUCACUCUGUUAAUUAGGUUAGUAUUGUGGAGUAACUACAAUGUUGUUGAUCCAUCCUCAGUUUUCUCCUAUUACAGCCAUUAAACUCUGUAACUGUUUUAAAGUCACCAUUGGCCUUAUGGUGAAACCCCUGAGUGGUUUCCUUCCUCUCUGGCAACUGAGUUAGGAAGGAUGACUGUAUCUUUGUAGUGACUGGGUGUAUUGAUACACCAUCCAAACUGUAAUUAAUAACUUCACCAUGCUCAAAGGGAUAUUCAAUGUCAGAUUUCUUAUUUAUUUUACCCAUCUACCAAUAGGAGCCCUUCUUAACGAGGCAUUGGAAAACCUCCCUGGUCUUUGUAGUUGAAUCUGUGCUUGAAAUUCACUGCUCGACUCAGGGACCUUACAGAUAAUUGUAUGUGUGGGGUACAGAGAUGAGGUAGUCAUUAAAAAAUCAUGUUAAACACUAUUAUUGCACACAGAGUGAGUCCAUGCAACUUAUUAUGUGACUUGUUAAGCACAUUUUUACUCCUGAAUUUAUUUAGGCUUGCCAUUACAAAGGGGUUGAAUGCUUAUUGACUCAAUACAUUUCAGCUUUUUAUUUUUUAUUAGAUCUCAAUUUUAUCAGUUUUAAAUUCAGGCUGUAACACAACAAAAUGUGGAAAAAGUCAAGGGGUGUGAAUAUUUUCUGAAGACACCAUCUCUCCUUUCCUAGGUCUGGCGUGGUGCGUUCCUAUUGGCUGAUUUAAUCCUGUCUCAGCCAACUACGUUCAGAGGAGCCACCGUCUUGGAGUUGGGGGCGGGGACUGGGCUGACCAGCAUAGUCAUGGCAACGGUGGCCAAAACGGUGUACUGCACAGGUGAGGUACCAACAGGUAAACCAGGGUUCUUCUCCCCUGGGGCCUCAUUUAUAACCGCUGCGUAAAUUUCACGCUAAAUAUCUGCAUGCACCAUUUCUGAGUAGAAUACGUAACUCCGCCUGGAAAACGCUCUCCAUUCACCAUUUAUGGUGACAAUGACGACCUUUAUUUUCUGUAUCAUUUGGAAUUAGGCCAUGGCAGUUUCUAAAAGAAAGAGGUAGUCCCCUGUAGCUCAGUUGGUAGAGCAUGGCGCUUACAACGCCAGGGUUGUGGGUUCGUUUCCCACGGGGGGCCAGUAUGAAAAUGUAUGCACUCACUAACUGUAAGUCGCUCUGGAUAAGAGCGUCUGCUAAAUGACUAAAAUGUAAAUGUAAAGAGCAAUGGCUAAUUUGAUUACAUUUCUGUAGAGGUGUGUGCAGAAUGUUUUGAUAUUUUGCGGUGACUUUUUCAAACUAAACAUGCAUUCCACCAAUAGCGAGUGCCAUACACUGUCCGCACAUUCUGCAAGAUUGAUUGUAUAUUCAAAACGAUUUAAAAGUAAAUGCUACAGCCCACAUUUCUAUGCAAAAGACAAAUUGUUGUUCAAUAUUUUGUUCAUCAAUAGAUUAUUGUGUUUCUAUCUCCUAUAGCCUCUGAGAUUAAUUAGGCUAUGAUGUCACGCUCCUAUCGCAAAGCAGUACUGUAGCCUAUACCAUACUGUAGCCUAUACCCAUACUGUAGCCUAUACCCAUACUGUAGCCUAUACCCAUACUGUAGCCUAUACCAUAUUGUAGCCUAUAUCCAUACUGUAGCCUAUACUGUAUUUAUUCAUCAUAUCCCCCACGUAUUCAUCAUAUCCCCCGCGUAUUCAUCAUAUCCCCCCCUGGUCCUGGUGAGUUACUGGGGUGCAGGCUCCUGUUCCAGCCCUGCACUGUUUAUAAAUGAGGCCCCUGGUCCUGGAGAGUUACUGGGGUGAAGGCUUCUGUUCCAGCCCUGCACUGUUUGUAAAUGAGGCCCCUGGUCCUGGAGAGUUACUGGGGUGCAGGCUUCUGUUCCGGCCCUGCACUAGCUGAUCAAUGUCGUGAUUAUUAGCUGUUUGUGUGCGUAUCAGAGUUUGGGGGGCAAUUCCAGCUAAGUCCCAGUCAAUUCAAGGAUGGAAUAGCAUUCAUAUGGAGAAAAUCCAGGUCCAAUUCAACAGACCGCAAUGUAACUUCAAUUGAGCGCAUCUCUGUUGCACAACUCGUAGCAUUCUUGUCCAGAUAGUCUGGCCCAUUUUCUACCGGUCCAGUCUGAGGAGUGCUAUCCUAGGCAGAACAUCUCACUGUCUAAUAAUUCCUUGGCAUGAUGUGAUAAGAAAUCCUCCCUUUUUCAAAUAAUUGCAUCAUAUUUCUCAAUUUAGCGAUUUUAUGCGUGACUGCUGUUGCAGGCUCAUUUUCCCCUUCUCAUAAUAAAGCUGCCCGGAUUCUAUCACUAAACCCUUGAAUGAGUAGGUGUGUCCAAACUUUUGACUGGUACUGUAUAUCGGUCGCCAGUGAUUCCAUCAGCUGAUUUAGCUUGUUGUGGCUUGCCUGCUGCUAACUAGCUUCACUGACAAACACAGGGAUGUAAUGUUAGCUAGCUAGCUAAAGAUGUUGGGCACUGCACUAAUAAACACAGGGAUGUAAUGUUAGCUAGCUAGCUAGCUAGCUAAGGAUGUUGGGCACUAAUCUGAUAAACACAGGGAUGUAAUGUUAGCUAGCUAGCUAAGGAUGUUGGGCACUGCUCUGAUAAACACAGGGAUGUAAUGUUAGCUAGCUAGCUAAGGAUGUUGGACACUGCACUGAUAAACACAGGGAUGUAAUGUUAGCUAGCUAGCUAAGGAUGUUGGGCACUGCUCUGAUAAACACAGGGAUGUAAUGUUAGCUAGCUAGCUAAGGAUGUUGGACACUGCACUGAUAAACACAGGGAUGUGAUGUUAGCUAGCUAGCUAAGGAUGUUGGGCACUGCACUGAUAAACACAGGGAUGUAAUGUUAGCUAGCUAGCUAAGGAUGUUGGGCACUGCUCUGAUAAACACAGGGUUGUAAUGUUAGCUAGCUAGCUAAGGAUGUUGGACACUGCACUGAUAAACACAGGGAUGUGAUGUUAGCUAGCUAGCUAAGGAUGUUGGGCACUGCACUGAUAAACACAGGGAUGUAAUGUUAGCUAGCUAGCUAAGGAUGUUGGGCACUGCUCUGAUAAACACAGGGUUGUAAUGUUAGCUAGCUAAGGGUGCACUGAUAAACAGCAUGUAGCUUGUCACUUAUUUAGGAUAGUUUUGACAGCUUGCUGAUGAAUUGGUAGACAUGUUCCCAGCAGUCAGUCCGUACUUCAGCCUGUCAGGUAAAAGCACAGCGCUGCAGCAGACUCAAUAAUGUACUGACUCGAGGCAGAGCAGGCUGUUCGCUCCUGUCGCUAGCCUUUCUCUGCCAUUUUUCCAACUUAACGACGAUAAAUGUUCACACCCCUAGUUACAGGAGCCCUGGCCCUGCCAACGAACUGGCUCAGAAUAUACAGUCACCUUCACAUUACUAGACAUGAAUCUUAUCCAGGUAAUGUCACACAUUAUAUGUUUAAAUGUAUAGCUCAAACAAUGAAGGGAACGGAUGGAUUAAAUGUAGUGACAAGUAGUAAUCACAUUUAGAAAAUAUGCAUUCAAAGCAGUUAAAAGGAUGGUUCAGUGAUGUAUCAACUAUCAAAUAGUUGAGAAUAUUGGGACAUUGUUAUCUAGGUCCUUUUUAGAUAUCUGGUUUACCGUCUGUGACAGUAUUUGUAGGCAACAUAUGCUUGUUGUGACUGCAGGUCCAACCAUAAAACAUGCUUUCACCAGUAAUUUAGCCAUGCCUUUUCUACAGAACAGACUGUAGAUUAUGGUAACCAGGAUAGUGAUUUAACAUGAUUUAACAUGCCUCUACACCCACGUCUGUAGAUGAUGGUGCUGUAUGUCUCUACCAGUCAACACUAUUGUUCUGAUCAUCUCUCCAGUUAAUUGGUCUGUUCCUCCAGGGCAUGACUGUUACAGUGAUACAUGGUGUUACACUAUAGUAGGAUUUUAUAAAGACCACCGUGUUACUAUAGUAUGGUUUUAUAAAGACCACCAUGUUACUAUAGUAGGGUUUUAUAAAGACCACCAUGUUACUAUAGUAGGGUUUUAUAAAGACCACCAUGUUACACUAGUAUGGUUUUAUAAAGACCACCAUGUUACUAUAGUAGGGUUUUAUAAAGACCACCAUGUUACACUAGUAUGGUUUUAUAAAGACCACCAUGUUACUAUAGUAGGGUUUUAUAAAGACCACCAUGUUACACUAGUAUGGUUUUAUAAAGACCACCUGUAAUUAUUUUGUAGGUAACUUUGGCACAAGUUGUACGCCUCAUCAGGAACAUUUUAUUUCUUUUUUUUUUGCAAACCCUAGGUUAUUUUCAAAAGUUAAAAAAAACCCUAGGUUACAUUUCUCAUGUUAAAAAGAGAGGAAAGACAAAUCAAGUGUGAAGAAGCAACAGAUAUGUACGAUUUAAAGGAUCUCACCCACGGAAUCAGGAUGUUUAUAGGCUACUGUACUGUAUUUGAGAGGAAAGCUAAAUUGUUGUCAUAGUCCCGUGUAGCUCAGUUGGUAGAGAAUGGCGUUUGCAACGCCAGGGUUGUGGGUUUGAUUCCCACGGGGGGCCAGUAUGAAAAAUAAUGUAUGCACUCACUAACUGUAAGUCGCUCUGGAUAAGCGCGUCUGCUAAAUGACUAAAAUGUAAAAAUGUAAAUAAUUAUUGCACUUGUAUUAAAGUGCUCUUCUAUUUAAAGCCCAAUGUUUCUGUUACGUUUUAAAGUUACCUAAAUGCUGUGUAAAAUCCCAAUAUCUGUGUAACGUUGUGUUGCAGACGUUGGGGAGGACCUACUGAGCAUGUGCCAGAAGAACGUGAUGUUAAACAGACACCUGAUGGAGCCUGCAGGUGAGAGAACAUUAGUUAGAGAACGUGACGUUAAACAGACACAUGAUGGAGCCUGCAGGUGAGAGAACAUUAGUUAGAGAACGUGACGUUAAACAGACACAUGAUGGAGCCUGCAGGUGAGAGAACAUUAGUUAGAGAACGUGACGUUAAACAGACACAUGAUGGAGCCUGCGGGUGAGAGUACAUUAGUUAGAGAACGUGACGUUAAACAGACACAUGAUGGAGCCUGCAGGUGAGAGAACAUUAGUUAGAGAAUGUGACGUUAAACAGACACAUGAUGGAGCCUGCAGGUGAGAGAACAUUAGUUAGAGAACGUGACGUUAAACAGACACUUGAUGGAGCCUGCAGGUGAGAGAACAUUAGUUAGAGAACGUGACGUUAAACAGACACAUGAUGGAGCCUGCAGGUGAGAGAACAUUAGUUAGAGAACGUGACGUUAAACAGACACAUGAUGGAGCCUGCAGGUGAGAGAACAUUAGUUAGAGAACGUGACGUUAAACAGACACUUGAUGGAGCCUGCAGGUGAGAGAACAUUAGUUAGAGAACGUGACGUUAAACAGACACAUGAUGGAGCCUGCAGGUGAGAGAACAUUAGUUAGAGAACGUGACGUUAAACAGACACUUGAUGGAGCCUGCAGGUGAGAGAACAUUAGUUAGAGAACGUGACGUUAAACAGACACUUGAUGGAGCCUGCAGGUGAGAGAACAUUAGUUAGAGAACGUGACGUUAAACAGACACAUGAUGGAGCCUGCGGUUGAGAGAACAUUAGUUAGAGAACGUGAUGUUAAACAGACACAUGAUGGAGCCUGCAGGGCUGUAUUGGAUCAAAAGGAGAUGGUUUUACCAGUCUGACAUGCUGUAUUGGAUCAAAAGGAGAUGGUUUUACCAGUCUGACAUGCUGUAUGGGAUCAAAAGGAGAUGGUUUUACCAGUCUGACAUGCUGUAUGGGAUCAAAAGGAGAUGGUUUUACCAGUCUGACAUGCUGUAUGGGAUCAAAAGGAGAUGGUUUUACCAGUCUGACAUGCUGUAUGGGAUCAAAAGGAGAUGGUUUUACCAGUCUGACAUGCUGUAUGGGAUCAAAAGGAGAUGGUUUUACCAGUCUGACAUGCUGUAUGGGAUCAAAAGGAGAUGGUUUUACCAGUCUGACAUGCUGUAUGGGAUUAUUAUUUUUUAUUUUUUUUAAUCUUUAUUUUAACAGGGAAAAACUGACUGAGACCUGGAUCUCUUUUACGGCUGUGCCCUGUGUUGACAUGUACAGUUUUAGACAUACAGACAAUAACAUUUCAAACAUACAAAACAAAAACACAAUUCAACAGAAACAAUCACAGACAACAUCAUAUACAUUUUUAAAAUGGGCAAGGGACACCAGAGUGUCUAACUUAAGUUGGAUCUGCAGUUUGUUCCAUAAAUAAGGUGCAAAGGAACUGAAGGCAGUCCUACCCAACUCUGUGGAGACCACAGGAGUCUCUAAUGUAAUCCACAUCUGUGAUCUGGUUUAAAAAUUAGUAUAUCUAGUGGAAAUUAAUGAUGAUAUAUAUGGAGGUAGUUUUAAAAGAAGUGCUUUAUAAAUAAACAAGAGAGCAUGUUGCUCUCGCCUCACAGAUAGAGGCCCAACCCACAUGUUGAUAUAGGAAACAGUGUAACUAUCACCCGUGAUAAACCUGAGUGCACAAUGUUAAAUAGCAUCCAGUGGUUUUAAUGUGUUUGCCGAUGCAUGCAUAUAGAUAAUAUCACCAUAAUCUAAAACGGACAUAAAAGUAGCCUGCACAAUUUGUUUUCUAUUUACGGAGGACAGACAAGCCCUGUUUCUGUAAAGGAACCCUAUCUUGAAUUUGAGCUUUUUUCCCAAUUCAGUAACAUGUUUUUUAAAAGAAAGCCUAUCAUCUAACCAUACCCCUAAGUAUUUAUAUGCAGAGACCUGUUUGAUUUGAGUACCAUCCAAGCUAGUGAUUACAAAAGUGUUUCUAAUUGAGAGUUUAGACCUAGAAAAAAACAUUUGUUUUCUUAGCGUUUAAAACAAGUUUAAGCUGUAAAAGAGACCCCUGUAGUAUCCUAAAAUCAGACUCCAACUGCAUUAAAGCUUGGUUCGCUGUUGGAGCAAUAGAGUACAUCACUGUUUCAUCUGCAUAUAAAUGGAUUUUACAAUAUCUGACAUUACCAAUGUUGUUUAUAUAAAGUGAGAACAAUAGUGGGCCAAUUAUUGAACCCUGAGGGACCCCUUUAAGUAACUGUAAGGGGUCAGACUUGACCCCGUCGACCAUGACGGCCUGAGUUCUAUCUUUAAGAUAGUCAUAAAACCAUCGACAGGCAUCAGUGCCCAGUCUGAUCAACUGGCCUACCGAAUACAGCCUGCUGUGGCCCUGUCCUUUCUGACAGGGUAAACCAACCGCUAACCUUAUCUAUUUAUAGCCCUUUUAUUUGUGUUAGGAGAAAAUAAUUUAAGGUCAUCAAAUUUGGUUUAUAUUCAAACUUCGGCUAGCUAGGCUACCUAGACAUUUUUAAUCCAACAUUAUGAACUGGAAAAUCAAUCAACACAAUAGUGAUGACAGACUGUGUGAUUAACUUUUUAAUUACAGAUGCGAAGGCGUACAUGAUGCAAACCUGCAUACAGCCAGCUCAGCCCUGUUAGUUCUAUUGUCCAAUCACAGUUGUUGUGUCUGUACAACCCUGUUAGUUUAGUUUUUAAAUGGAAUUCAUAUGAACAAGUGCAAGAUUGCUGAAGUUCGACAGAGUUUUCAUCAUCCCUAGGACCAGGAGUUUUUCCAGCAGUUUUAUAAAACCCAUAUGACCUGAUUUUGGAAAAAUGCUGGUCCCAUCAUAGCCCAUAUAAAACCAUUUUACAAUUUAUUAAUCCCGGUCAUACCCUACAGGGAACAGAGUUUUACCUGGUUAGGUUACCAGAUCAGGAAAAACUCUGAGCUCCAGGAAAAAUAACUGCCCCACCACUCUGGAACCUGUGGUACCACCUCUGGUUUAGCCGAUGUUAGAUAUACUGUAGGGUUUUUCCACAUGGGUACUUAACCGUACCAUACUCGUUCACUGAUUAUGGGUUCGGUUCUGUUCUGAUUCGGCACGCUUUGGUUUUCCAUAAACAAAUGAACAGAUGUAGGUUCGAACGUCGUUGCAGAUAGAAUGUUGCUGUAGCUGACAAAUGCGAAGUGUAACUAAGCAACGAUUCAUACCAGAGUGUAAAUUAUUACAUACAGUACCGGGCAAGCUCACUCCCCCUACCUGUUUCAUUACAAUACGUUGUACCAGGCUAGCUCACUCCCCCUAGCUGUUUCAUUACAAAUUCAUCAGGGACCCCCUCAUAAUCAGAGCACAACUCCAGUGAGGUAAAAAUAGCAUACAAGGAGUUUUACUAUGACUUUGGGCAGUGCAUGGUCGGACGAACCAAGUCUCGGGCCCUGGGAAGGAUAAUUUUUAGCAACAUUUUCGAAAAUAGUGAUAGUAUUGAGUGUUAUAGUGUUGUGUUGUCUCUUUAACAGGUGGGGAGGUGAUAGUAUUGAGUAUUAUAGUGUUGUGUUGUCUCUUUAACAGGUGGGGAGGUGAUAAUAUUGAAUAUUAUAGUGUUGUGUUGUCUCUAACAGGUGGGGAGGUGAUAGUAUUGAGUAUUAUAGUGUUGUGUUGUCUCUUUAACAGGUGGGGAGGUGAUAAUAUUGAGUAUUAUAGUGUUGUGUUGUGUCUUUAACAGGUGGGGAGGUGAUAAUAUUGAGUAUUAUAGUGUUGUGUUGUCUCUAACAGGUGGGGAGGUGAUAGUAUUGAGUAUUAUAGUGUUGUGUUGUCUCUUUAACAGGUGGGGAGGUGAUAAUAUUGAGUAUUAUAGUGUUGUGUUGUCUCUUUAACAGGUGGGGAGGUGAUAAUAUUGAGUAUUAUAGUGUUGUGUUGUCUCUUUAACAGGUGGGGAGGUGAUAAUAUUGAGUAUUAUAGUGUUGUGUUGUCUCUUUAACAGGUGGGGAGGUGAUAGUAUUGAGUAUUAUAGUGUUGUGUUGUCUCUAACAGGUGGGGAGGUGAUAAUAUUGAGUAUUAUAGUGUUGUGUUGUCUCUAACAGGUGGGGAGGUGAUAGUAUUGAGUAUUAUAGUGUUGUGUUGUCUCUUUAACAGGUGGGGAGGUGAUAAUAUUGAGUAUUAUAGUGUUGUGUUGUCUCUAACAGGUGGGGAGGUGAUAGUAUUGAGUAUUAUAGUGUUGUGUUGUCUCUUUAACAGGUGGGGAGGUGAUAAUAUUGAGUAUUAUAGUGUUGUGUUGUCUCUUUAACAGGUGGGGAGGUGAUAAUAUUGAGUAUUAUAGUGUUGUGUUGUCUCUAACAGGUGGGGAGGUGAUAGUAUUGAGUAUUAUAGUGUUGUGUUGUCUCUUUAACAGGUGGGGAGGUGAUAAUAUUAAGUAUUAUAGUGUUGUGUUGUCUCUUUAAAAGGUGGGGAGGUGAUAAUAUUGAGUAUUAUAGUGUUGUGUUGUCUCUUUAACAGGUGGGGAGGUGAUAAUAUUGAGUAUUAUAGUGUUGUGUUGUCUCUUUAACAGGUGGGGAGGUGAUAGUAUUGAGUAUUAUAGUGUUGUGUUGUCUCUAACAGGUGGGGAGGUGAUAAUAUUGAGUAUUAUAGUGUUGCGUUGUCUCUAACAGGUGGGGAGGUGAUAGUAUUGAGUAUUAUAGUGUUGUGUUGUCUCUUUAACUGGUGGGGAGGUGAUAAUAUUGAGUAUUAUAGUGUUGUGUUGUCUCUAACAGGUGGGGAGGUGAUAGUAUUGAGUAUUGUAGUGUUGUGUUGUCUCUUUAACAGGUGGGGAGGUGAUAAUAUUGAGUAUUAUAGUGUUGUCUCUUUAACAGGUGGGGAGGUGAUAAUAUUGAGUAUUAUAGUGUUGUGUUGUCUCUAACAGGUGGGGAGGUGAUAGUAUUGAGUAUUAUAGUGUUGUGUUGUCUCUUUAACAGGUGGGGAGGUGAUAAUAUUGAGUAUUAUAGUGUUGUCUCUAACAGGUGGGGAGGUGAUAAUAUUGAGUAUUAUAGUGUUGUGUUGUCUCUUUAACAGGUGGGGAGGUGAUAAUAUUGAGUAUUAUACAGUGUUGUGUUGUCUCUUUAUCAGGUGGGGAGGUGAUAGUAUUGAGUAUUAUAGUGUUGUGUUGUCUCUUUAACAGGUGGGGAGGUGAUAGUAUUGAGUAUUAUAGUGUUGUGUUGUCUCUUUAACAGGUGGGGAGGUGAUAGUAUUGAGUAUUAUGGUGUUGUGUUGUCUCUUUAACAGGUGGGGAGGUGAUAAUAUUGAGUAUUAUAGUGUUGUGUUGUCUCUUUAACAGGUGGGGAGGUGAUAGGAUUGAUUAUUAUAGUGUUGUGUUGUCUCUUUAACAGGUGGGGAGGUGAUAGUAUUGAGUAUUAUAGUGUUGUCUCUUUAACAGGUGGGGAGGUGCGAGUACGUCUACUGGACUGGCUCAGACACGAUCUCUGCACAGGUGGGUAGGCUACACACACACACAGACACACACACACACACACACACACAAACAAACAAACACACAUAGAGAAACACACACACACACCAUGUUAAACCAUGGUCUCUCUGCUGAUCUCUCCUCCUUUUCUCAAUUCAUCCCUUGUUUCAGACGCUGAUACAGAGUUUGGAUGGACGGAGGAUGAAGUGGCAGAUCUCCAUGACAACACAACGGUUAUCAUCGCGGCUGAUGGUAAGACAGGUGGGAUCAGGUGUUUAUCAGGUGGAAUCAGGUGUUUAUCAGGUGGAAUCAGGUGUUUAUCAGGUGGGUUCAGGUGUUUAUCAGGUGGGUUCAGGUGUUUAUCAGGUGGGUUCAGUUGUUUAUCAGGUGGGUUCAGGUGUUAUCAGGUGGGAUCAGGUGUGACCCUACUGAUCUACCUAUAUGCUGUAGGUAUCUAAUGUAACCUUACUAUUGAGUUGGGAUUUCCCCCUGCAAAUUCACUAGCACUCAGAGCAGAGUUAGAGAUGCUGAACACAGGUAUGGUGCUGAAUGAUCUCUAUGGAAUAAAUGGUGCUUUAUUUGUGAUUUAUUCCAGUGUGCUAUGAUGACGAUCUGACAGACGCGCUGUUCCGAACUCUGUACAGAAUCUGUAACAACCUCCAUCUCCCCUGUACUACAUACUUGUCUAUAGAGAAGAGGUAA